CUGGCCGUACUGGCUUAUGUCGCCUCCACUCAUGCCCUUGCUCCGCUCCCUGGGUCCCAUGGAGACGCCGGUGUUGGCUUUGGUAUCAUUUGAAGAUGUGGCUGUGACCUUCACUGGGGAGGAAUGGGGGCACCUGGACCUGGCCCAGAGAACUCUGUACCAGGAAGUGAUGCUGGAGACCUGCCGGCUCCUGGUGUCACUGGGGCAUCCUGUUCCCAAAGCAGAGCUGAUCUACCUACUGGAGCAUGGGCAGGAGCUGUGGACAGUGCAGCGAGGCCUCCCCCCAAGCACCUGUCCAGGUGAGAAACAAAAGCCCAAGACCACAGAGCCUACCGCUUCACCACCAACCCUGGCCUUCUCCAAGGAAUCCUCUCACCAGGGACAACUGGUACAGAGAUCCUUAAGGGAUUCCAGGUUGGGGCCAGCUAGAGAUGAGGAAAGGCUCUCAGACAUGCAGGAAGGGAACUUGAGGCCAGGAUCAGACCCCCACAAAGAGAUGUGUCCUGGGAAGUGGAACCAUCGACAUGGUGAUGUGGAGACAUGUAAUAGUCUGGGCUUAAGGGUGUUACAGGAGCAAGUCAGUCCUCAAGAUGCUCUCCAUGAACAUGAUUCUCAAGGACCAGGAAAAGGCCCCAUGGUUGAUACAGGAAAUAACCUUUACAAAUGCAAGGACUGUGGAAAAGUGUUUAGCAAGAAUUGGGCCCUUGUUCGACAUCAACAGAUUCAUGCUGGAGUGAAGCCCUAUGCAUGCAGUGAGUGUGGGAAAGCCUGUCGUCAUAUGGCUGACUUCAUUCGACAUAUGAGGUUUCAUUCUGGGGAAAAACCGUACAAGUGUACUGAGUGUGGGAAAGCCUUCAAGCGCAGGUCUCACCUCACAGAGCACCAGCGUGUUCACACUGGAGAUAAGCCCUACAAGUGCAAAGAAUGCGGCAAAGCUUUCACCCACCGCUCUUCUUUCAUCCAGCAUAGUAUGACUCACAGUAGAGAAAAGCCCUUUUUAUGCAAAGAAUGUGGGAAAACUUUUUACUACAGCUCUUCAUUUGCUCAACACAUGAGGAUUCAUACUGGCAAGAAACUCUACGAGUGCAGUGAAUGUGGAAAGGCCUUUACUCACCGAUCCACUUUUACCCAGCAUAACAUGGCCCAUACAGGAGAAAAACCCUUUUUGUGUAAAGAAUGUGGAAAAGCUUUUUGCCUCAACUCGUCCUUCACUCAACACAUGAGGAUUCACACUGGAGAGAAACCCUACAAGUGCAGUGACUGUGGAAAGGCCUUUACUCACCGCUCCACUUUUAUCCGGCACAAGAGGACCCAUACUGGAGAGAAGCCCUUCAAAUGCAAAGAAUGUGGGAAGGCCUUUUGUGACAGCUCUUCCUUAAUUCAACACAUGAGGAUCCACACUGGUGAGAAGCCCUACGAGUGCAGUGCAUGUGGAAAGGCCUUUACACACUACUCUGUUUUUAUCCGACAUAAUAGGACCCAUAGUGGAGACAAACCCUGGGAGUGCAAAGAAUGUGCAAAAGCCUUUUACUAUAGUUCUUCCUUCACUCGACACAUGAGGAUCCACACUGGAGAAAAGCCCUACGUCUGCAGAGAAUGUGGAAAGGCCUUUACCCAACUUGCAAAUUUUGUUCGGCAUAAUAGGAUCCAUACUGGAGAGAAACCCUUUGAGUGCAAAGAAUGUGACAAGGCCUUUUGUGACAACUUUGCCUUAACACAGCACAUGAGAACUCACACUGGAGAGAAACCCUUUGAAUGCAGUGAAUGUGGAAAGACCUUCAGCCACAGUUCAUCCUUUACUCACCACCGGAAGAUUCAUACCAGAGUUUAAAAGACAGUACAUGUAAGAAGGCCUUUUAAAAGUGUGUUUACCUCGGUCAACUU